ACUUCUUGACUAAUAGUCCACGGUCAUAAGUGAUGCACUUUCUCUUGGUAAUGUAAUGUUACGAGUUUAAAAGGUGUGUAACGACUUAUUAUUUUGGUCUCGCGUGCGAUUCCUCAUCAUUUUCAUCGAGUGUACUUGCUAAUAAAAAAUUUAAUUGGUGCAUUAUGAACUUCAGUUGUGUCCAGGUAAGAAAUCAUUUGUACCGAUACCAAUCCAAGCAGUUUUUGGUUUUUCUUACCUUAAUAUCGUCCUCCCUAGGAGCUUUGCAAGUAAUCCGCGACCUAAUAGAGUUUAACGUUGCGGGACAUCCCGUUUUGCAUAAAACCCAGAACUGGUCAUUCGACCCUGACGUUGGUAAAAGACGUUCCAGGCAGUACGAGGAAUUGAACGGAGUGUUAGGGGAAAAAGCCAUAGAGAGGUUAGGGCUGGGGAUAGACGGCUACGACAGGGAGAGGCUGGCAAAGCAACAAGCUCGAGAUGAGGGCCAUCUGGGAGGGGUAGAUUAUUUGACUCCUUAAUCGUUCUCAUAUUUAACUAACCAAAUAUUAAAAUAGUUAUGUAAAUAUUUGUUUUUAAAAAAAUAUAUAAAUAAAUACAACUUUAUUCAAGAAUUUUGCGGUUUAUAUUAAAGACGUACGAAUUUGCAAUUUUAGUCUUUAUUGUACAACAUAAAGUUAAUACAAUUAAAUAAUAUAUAAAUAAAUAUACAAUAUACAACAAUUAGGAGUAUUAGUAAACAUUAGUCUAUCAGGUUAUCUCAACAAAUGGUAUAAAAAGUAUUAACAUUACUAACUAGUAAAAAUUAAUAAACAGAGUUCCUUAUAAAUUUGUAAACCUACAACACUUACUUUUUAAAAACCUUAUCACCCAUUUUGAUUGAUAAAUUAAGUUGCAAAAUAUAACUAGUGAGAAAAUUAUCGUUAUUGCCGAAAGCUACACCGGAACGUUGAAGCGACACGAGCCGACAAAUUUUGUCUUUUAUAAAAUUGAAAAACUAAAAGCUAUGAAACUUUAGCACACUGGUUCCCGUUUUGUCUCGUACAGUUUCAACGUUCCAAUGUAGAAUUUAAGAUUACUGUUAAUAUCAGUGGGCAAACGUGUUUUGUAAAAAUAUUUACGUAGCAUAUAUUUCAGUCCUUAGAUUACAUAUUUCCGAAUAAAUAUAUAUUUAAUUUUUAAAUACGGAAUGAUUUCUUUUUGAUCGGUGGACAGAAUUUUUUUUUACACUAAACGCAUUUCAACAUUUCAAUGCUAGGCACAACCAAUAAUUGAUAGUUCACAGUACAUACUUAUUGUAAUGAAAAAAGUAAGAAAUAUAAUUGCUUUUUAAGGUUUUUGGGAAUCACAAUAAAUUUUAUUCCGUAUAAAGUUAUAUCCAAGCUAGUUCAAUCGUUUCUUUUUUAUCUCACAAAUAACAUCUACAGGGUGUCCCGAAAUUCAUGCACCAAAAUUUGGUCAUACAUUCUUAAUACAAAUUUAGGGGACCCGUAUUUUUUC